AAAACAGAGGAGAAGAGUCCCAAGUAAUAGAAAAUCCCAACCUUGUUUUUUGGGUUCUUCCUCACUCUCUUCAUCCCAAUUGAAGUGAUGGUGGACACUGAGGAUGUUCCAUCAGCACCAUCCACUCCUGUGACCCCAGGUACUCCUGGGGCCCCACUCUUUGGUGGUUUCAAGGCAGAGAGGAGUGUAAAUGGUAGAAGGUCCCUUCUCAAAAGCUGCAAGUGUUUUAGUGAUGCAUGGGCAAUGGAAGAAGGAAGCCUCGGCACCGCCUGCGCAUUGCCGCCCUCUCAGAUCUCACUUGCAAGAAAGGUGGGUGCAGAAUUCAUUGGCACACUGAUACUCAUCUUUGCAGGGGCAGCAACAGGCAUUGUGAAUCAGAAGACACAAGGGUCAGUUACGCUUCUUGGGUUAGCUGCCUCCACUGGCAUAGCUGUGAUGAUAGUCAUACUCUCAGUUGGCCACAUCUCUGGGGCCCACCUCAACCCAUCAGUGACCAUUGCCUUUGCAGCUCUCAGGCACUUCCCAUGGAAACAGGUGCCCGUGUACAUUGGUGCACAGGUGGUGGCUUCCAUCUGUGCUGCAUUUGCACUCAAGGGGAUAUUUCAUCCGUUCAUGGGGGGAGGGGUGACUGUCCCCACAGGAAGCUACGGCCAGGCCUUUGCUUUGGAGUUCAUCGUCACCUUCAAUCUCAUGUUUGUGGUCACUGCAGUUGCCACUGACACAAGAGCUUUAGGUGAGCUGGCAGGGAUUGCAGUGGGGGGUACUGUAAUGCUCAACAACCUCAUCGCCGGGGAAAGCACUGGAGCUUCCAUGAACCCAGUAAGGACUCUGGGGCCAGCCAUAGCUGCAAACAACUACAAGGCCAUUUGGGUGUACUUCACAGCCCCUGUUCUUGGCGCACUCUGCGGGGCAGGUGCCUACUCAGCUGUCAAACUGCCAGAAGAUGAAACUCAUGAAAGGCCAUCAGUGGUACGGAGCUUCAGACGGUGAUGAGGGCAUUGAAAUGCUCUCCCCUUUAUAAGUUAAUAAUUAAAGGAUGGUUGAAAGAUAACGCAGUUGUCCUCAGAAAUAAAGGCAAAGAACACUAAAA